AUGGCUUUGGAUGAUCGUAAUGACCCUUGGAUGUGCAGAGUUUUUCCUACUAGCUUGACAGGAGCAGCACUAAAGUGGUUCAGGAAUAGACCGCAUAAGUCCAUCUCGGAUUAUGGAACUCUGUGCACUAUGUUCCUGGCACACUAUUGCGGAAAUAAAAAGCAAAAGAAGAGCAUUGCCAACCUCUUCACCGUAAGGCAAAAGAAGGGGGAAAAAUUGCAGGAUUUCUUAUCAAGAUUCAACAUAGAAGCCUCAGAAAUAGCAGAUUGUCAUCCCGCGACUGCUUUAGAAACAUUUAAACUUGCGAUGAUUCAGGGGACGAAGUUCUACACUUCCUUGGUCAAAUAUUCUCCUCCCGACAUGCAGACUCUAAUGCCAGGGCCCAGAUCUAUAUUUGGCUCGAGGAAAAUAUAG